AUGACUGGAAUCAGCCAUGAUGACGAAGGGAAGGCUGGAAGCCAGACCUUGCUGUCCCUCUCUGUUCUGCUAGUCACUCUGGCCCUUUGCUGCUAUGAGGCCAAUGCAGUUGUCUGUCCAGCCAUUGUUACUGAUAUGGUAUCCUCCUUCUUCUCCUAUGAACUUACCUACAAGUUACAACUUCCGAGAUUUGGUGCCCCUAGAGAAGCUGUUGAUGCCAGGUUGGAAAUGAAGAGAUGCACAGAUAAGAUCUCCUUUAGGAACAGACUGCUAAUUUUAAAAGCACUGGCUAAAAUACUGUUGAAGUGUGGUUACAAGGAUUUAUUAAAUUUUCUCUCAUAG